AUGAGCUGUGCUGUUUAUGACACAGCAUGGCUAGCCAUGAUUCGAAAACCGCUCGCAAACGACACCUCACAAUCGAUCUGGCUUUUCCCUGAGUCUUUCACGUACAUACUGGAUUCACAGCUUUUAGAUGGCGCAUGGGAGUCUUACGGCAGCCAUAGCGAUGGGAUACUGAACACAGCAGCCUCAAUACUCGCGAUGCAGCUCCAUCAUGACGAACCAGCUCAAUUAUACGGCGUUACUGCCCUUGAAUUGUCAGAACGCAUUGAUCGCGGGUGCAAAGCGCUACAACGUCUCCUGAGCUCCUGGGAUGUCCAAGCUUGUGUCCAUGUUGGAUUCGAAAUUUUGGUUCCAAAGCUAUUGAGGCUGUUAGAAGAGAAGGGUCGAAAAUUCAAAUUCGACGGCCGUUGCAGCCUGAUGGCUCUCAACAAGGAGAAGCUUGCGCGCUUCCGACCAGAUAUGGUCUAUGGGAAACUGCUUACAACUCCCUUGUAUUCUUUGGAGGCAUUUGAUGGAAUCGACUCGGAAAAAGUGAAGCACCACAAAUCCCUUGGGGCACUUAUGGCAUCAACCUCGUCCACAGCUUCAUACUUGAUGGGCCUGAAGACCUGGGACGAUGAAGCAGAAGCCUAUCUAAAGCGCGUAGUGUCUAUAGGACCAGGCAGAGGAAGUGGAGGGGUACCGGGAGCGUUUCCGACAACCUAUUUUGAAAUGACCUGGGUUUUGACGACUCUAUUGGAAGCUUCAUUUACACCAGAACAACUGGGCAAGGAAAACUUAGAGCAGAUUACACAGGUAUUGAAUAAGGCUCUUGAGGAAGAGGGAGGCAUCUUGGGGUUCUCGCCAAGAGUUGGGGUCGAUGCCGAUGACACGGCCAAAACUAUGCUGACCUUACGUAUGCUUGGUCAUCAUGUGGAUCCUUCCGCCCUGCUACAACGUUUCGAGACAGAGGAUCGCUUUCUAACCUAUCAGUUUGAGCGAACGCCGAGUUUCAGUGCCAAUUGCAAUGUGCUGAGCGCCUUGCUUCAUAUGCAAUCCCCUGAACAAUAUGCUACUUCUAUUGGAAAAGCUGCCAGGUUCAUCUGUAAUUGGUGGUACACCGCGGAUGGACAGAUUCCAGAUAAAUGGAAUACGACUAUGGGUUACAAUGCAAUGCUGAUGGUGCAGUCCUUAGUUCGAUUGCUGGAGCAGUGGAAUGAGGGUAAACUUCAACUGCUUGAUGACGAACUCAUCUUCGAGCUUAUUCCGCUUGCAAUAUUUCAAGCACUCCUACGCUGUUUAGCAAAACAGAAACCUGAUGGAAUGUGGGGGAACUCUGCAGAGGAGACAGCCUAUUCCGUAAUCAUCCUCGCAACCGCAGCCAAACUUCCAUCUGCAGAGCCAUUGCUGACAAAGAUCAACGGAAGCAUCGAAAGUGCUCACAAAGCUCUCCUUCUCUCGGGUGUAGAUAGUCAAGCCAGCUAUAUCUGGGUAGGAAAGACUUCGUACAAAUCCGAGAUCCUCUCAAAAACCUACAUUCUGGCAGCGCUGAACUCAAGCGCUUCCGCACCAAUGACUGGAGAUAGGAUUGCAUCAUUGUCCACUACCUCGGCAAGCAAGACUGCCUCAUGGGUGAAGUUUUACUCGGGCCUUCCAGGAAUUGCCCAAACACCUGAUUGGAUGCUACUUGCGUCUAUCAUCGAGGGGUCGCUUCAGUCUCGUCGCUUGCUUCGUAAGUGUAAAGAAGCAUUCCCGGAAUACAGCACAGACGUCCCAGAGAGAACUCAGCAGUACUUGGAGUAUAUUCCGGCGGUAUGGAUAAUCUGCAGUAACAAGGACAGUAUAUUUUGCUCCUCAAAAAUAUUAUUUGAUAUGAUGAUUCUAUCCUUUCUCACUUACAAAAUCGACGAAUACAUGGAAACUAUCGCCACUGUCGGAAACGGCGGACUUGAAAACUUGAAGCAGACCAUCUCUAAGGCGUUCAGUUGUACUCAAAUUCCCGAACCUACUCAGAUAUAUACCUCAUCGCCGACUGAUAGCGUCGAGAACACCUUAGCUCAUUUUGUCAGCUACGUUAUGCGCCUUCCUACAGUCAUCAAUGCAACCGAAUAUGACAAGGAUAGGCUCCGACAGAAGCUUCGCAUCUACCUAGACUCUCACGUCGAUCAAAUUAUCCAAGAUCAGCUUUUCUCCAGCGAAAACGGCGCGGGUACGACUCCAAGGAACAACUCCAUGGCCAAUUUGCACCAUUGGGUCCAUGGCGCAGCAUCAUCGUCGACAUCCUGUCAACACGCCUUCAAUCUUCUUCUCUGUAGCCACAGCGGUGACGGCGAUGUUUUCGACACUGCAGAGCAGGAGUAUCUUGCUGAGAGCCUCAGCAAUCAUUUGGGGGCAAUGUGUCGGAUUGACAACGAUCUUGGAUCCAUGGCGCGCGACAAAGCGGAUGGAAUCCUUAAUGCUGCGGACUUUCCUAAGAUGAAUGCUAGAUUAGGUGCCAAGACUCAACUACUGAAUUUGGCUCGCUGGGAACGGAAACAAGUCUCAACUGCGCUGGAGGGUUUGUCGAAGGUAAUGGUCUCAGCGAAGCAACAAAGAGUGGGGGAACUGUUACGGAUGUUUACAGACGUCUGUGAUGUCUAUGGGCAGAUCUAUCAUCGCCGUGACCUGUCAGUUGUCGAUGCGCCUUGA